UAAUGACGAAGAUAAAGUUAACGCUAUGUCUGUUGAAAACCCGCAAGUUACUGUAACUAACUAUGAUAAUAUGGAGAGUAUGUCGGGAUUCACGGUAAUGCAUAUCAAUGAUGGAGAAAGAAACGAUGGAAAAUUGGAAGAAGUCCCUGAUGGAAGAUAUAAACAUUAUGAUAAUGUACGUUAUGGUUAUAAAGUGGUGAACAGUGACAACGAAGAGUUUGAGCAAGAUGAUAGGAGUUAUAAAUAUCAUGAUAAUGCACGUUACGAACAAUUGAAUAAAACGGUGGACAGUAGGCCGCAAAGUCCAGAAUAUCCGGAAUAA